AUGCAUCACAAAAAAUUUCAUCCAAAAGACAAAGCUAACAUAAUAUCUAGAGUCUUACUUUGGUGGAUUGUUGAUCUAUUGUGGAGGAGAAACAAAAAUCCACUAAAUCAAGAAGAUCUCGAUCCAGUCAGAGAAGAUGCCAGUGCUGCUCAUCAGACAAAACGUUUGGAGGAAAUUUGGAAUAAUGAAAAAAUCUCAGCAAGGCAAAAGAAUAGAAAGCCAAAACUUUGGAAAGCAAUGAUAAAAUAUUUCACGUGGCAAGAACAUGCGCAUGUUAAUUUUUUAAUCCUUGUAAAUGUCUUUGGGACUGGGAUGUGUUUUUAUUCUGUUACGAACUUGAUGAGAGCAAUCGGCAGUAAUUUAGAGCAAGGUACCCAUUCUCCGAACGAAUAUCUUGUCUUUAUUGGGGAUAUGAUGAUAGGAUCAUUUUGUGAAGUUCUUGGUUCUCAGCAUUUCUGUCUGAUUCUACCUAUGUUGGGAAUAAAAGCGAGAGCUGCACUAGUUGGUUUGAUUUAUAAAAAGGUAAGGCAUGCAUGUAUAAGAUCGUGAAUCUACUUCUACGAAUCUCCACUUGCGCACUGUGUACUUUCUGCGAGAGAGAAAACCAGACAGCCCGUGGAAAAUGAACGAUGCUAUGUAAUACUCGGGAGCCAGUGCUUUUCGCGCAAUUUGAUUGGUUGCCCACUCAGCAAUGGAUAUCCUUGUACUAUAGUCUCUACACUAUUUACCUACACUUCGGUGAAUAAUUGUUAACUAUACAUGCAUGAGUGUCAUGAAUGCAGAUUAAGAACUGAUAUCCACGAUCUUAGGUGAUAAUUCUGUCACAGAAGCGCCUGCAAGUUAUAGUUGUCGUACAGAGUGUUAAGAGUAAGCUGGCAUGAUUAGUUGAUUAUAUUACUAUGAAUAACAAUAAAUUUCAAAAAUAUCUACAAAUUAACGUUAUAUUUAUCUGAAUGUUGAAAAGAUGAAAACAUUUUUUUUCAGAAUUAACAUAAAAAUUGAUCAAUCUUUAGAAUCUUUUGAUCGGCAUAGUAAUAACUACUUAACAUUUACAAGCAAGAAGCAAUAAGGAUUUAGAUACAGGUAAGGCCAGCUAAGCCAAGUAAAAUAUUUUUUCAAAUCUUUUCCUUGGACUUUUUUUGUUUCGGCGCAAAAACAAAUCUUAAUUAAACUUACUUAUUUUAGUAUAGGAUUUCCGUGAUCUUGGUGGCGUAAUUCCCAGUCGAUUUAAGGUCGAUUUCAGAAUAAGAAUGCUUCAUCACAGGUUUUUUAGUUGGCGAUGUCAUUAGAGAAUAUUUAUUUUGUAUUUAAGAUACAUCCGCGGUAAAAGACUCGACUGUGAAUUACAGUACGUUGUAUAAGCUUUGCGGUGGAGAUACACGGAGGAGUUGUAUCUAUUAUCGACAAAUAUAUAUCAGAAAAGAAAUCUAUUUUUUACUUUGUUCUUUAAGGUAUUGAGAUGCAGUAAAAUGUCCAUGAACGCUGGUGAGGUAAUGGAGUUGGUAUGCGACGACACUCAUCGUUUAGUCACAAUGGCAGAUCAAUUUCUUCCCAACUUAGUUCGACAAACAGCUAAACUCAUCAUUUACAUUACUUGGCUAUUAUAUUUUGUUGGCUGGAAGUUCGUGCCAGGUCUAGCAGUAUUUACGAUUCUCGCAUCAUUUCGCCUAUGCAUGACAAAUAUAGACAUAAACUAUCGUAAGAAAGCCUCACAACUUUCAGAGAAACGCCUUGGUUAUCUUCGAGAAGUUCUGACGAUUAUUCAUUCCGUCAAAGUAAAUUGCUUGGAGCAUGUUUACGAGGAAAAUAUUCAAAGAACAAGAUGGUAAGUUUCUUUUAACAGACAAGGAAUGAUUAAAUUCAUAUUACACGUAUACCUGUCAUUCCGCUAAAAAUCUCUGACAUUCGAUUCCGCUAACAUUCAAUCUCGAGCCCUUACUAACCAUAUUAAUUUGACUGAUUAAUAUCGUUACUACUUUUAAUAUAAAUUUUCUGAAGCACCUCUUCUUUUUCUAGGCAAGAAAUAAAAUAUAAAGCUAAAAGGUGGAUUAUUCUUUCUGCGAGCUUUUCGUUUACUUCAUGUGGACAACAUCUGGCAACCUUUGUCAUUGUUCUGGUUCUCAUCUACACUGAUCGCUCCAUGCUGACUUUUGAUAAUUUAUUCACGAUAAUAGUGUUGUCUGCCGGGAUUGGUGAUAGUAUUUGCAUGCGAAUACCAAUUUCUAUUCAUUUCAGUACGGAUAUAAUCACCGGCCUUACUCGGAUACAGCGAUUCUUGGAAAGCUACGAUGCUACACAUGAUACCAUUAAUGAACUUCCGCCUACCAAACGAGAGGUGUCAGAAAAAGAUGAGAAAUUAAGCGAUGAUAAAAUGUCUUCGGAGGUAGUUAGCGAAACUCCUAAUGUUUGCCUGGAUAACGUAUUUUGCAAACUACUCACAUCUGAUGCUUCGAAUGCACAAAUGAAAGAUGUUACACUUUUAACUGACAUUUCUAUCACAAUAUCAUCCAAGAAAUUAGUUAUAAUAACUGGCUCAGUUGGCAGUGGAAAGUCGUCACUGCUUUCAAGUAUUCUUCAUGGAGAACUUCAUUUGGUCAAGGAAUCUAUAAAACAUUUUGGAAACAUUGCGUAUGUUUCGGAUACGCCUUGGGUGUUUCCCGGCACCAUUCGUGAGAAUAUAUUAUUCGGCUUAGCGUAUGACGAAGAAUGGUAUUCGCACACCAUCAAAGCUUGUCAGUUGGAGAGAGAUUUCAAAAGAUUCCCAGAUCAGGAUCUAUCACAUAUUGGAGAAUACGGUGCAACAUUGAGUGGUGGACAGCGGACACGUAUCGCAUUAGCACGCGCAGUGUUCUCACGUGCUGAUAAAUAUCUACUGGAUGAUCCUUUCAGUUCUUUAGAUACCAAGGUAGCAGAAAAUAUUUUCAACAAUGUUUUCAAAGGAUUGUUAUCAGAACGGAUCGUUUUUGCCAUUACACUCAAUCCUCAAUAUUUAUCCCAAGCUGACUACAUCGUGAAGUUGGCAAAAGGUUAGUUAAAUUAUAAAACAAACUAUUUAAAAACAUCUAUGCUGUCCUAAUGACCUCCUUGAGGGUCUUCCACAGUGGCGUAACUACUAUGGGCUCAGACCGGGAGAACCCGGGGGCCCCAACCCCAAUGGGGGCCCCCAGGCUUAGGCGAUAGAGCAAAAACAUUGGCCAGGGCUUCUGAUAUGUUACAAUGUCGUUUUCUGACCAUCAGAAUUCUGUAAAAUCUCUCCCCAAAGUCCAAGAAAUGGCAUUUCAGAGAGUCUAGAUUCAAAUUCCGGAUGACCAUGCCCUGGACCCCCUAGAAAACUCUUGCAUAUACGGCGCUCGACUCGUGCCUUUGGCACUUCUACUAGGGGGCCUUCGAAAAUUUUGAACCGGGGGCCCCCUGCUUUAACGUUACGCCACUGGUCUUCCAGGGAGUUUUUGCUCCCGUGUUCACUUCAAAAGUUUGUUCUUCUGUUCUCAAAACAUAUUUCACUAUGUUCCCUUGUUCCCCAAGCUUACAUGUUUAAUUGUUCCCUCUGACUUUUUCCAUUGCAAAAUAUGCCUUGUUCCCUAAUGUUCACUCAAAACUCCUGGGAGUCCCUCCUGCUUUGGGUAUCACACAUGCACAGAUAAAAAAGAUGUGAGUCUGUCCAAUGCCUCCAUUUUGUUUGUUUUUAUCGUGUUAACGAAACCUAACUUUGGUCUUUUUAAAAAUUCGUUAGAGGGGGCCUCUAAUUGUGAAAUGGGUCGUAAUCCUGCAGCACAGAUUGAACCUACAUGACGCCGCUGCUCUUACCAAGUUCAAAUAUGCAUUCAGAAUACGGAAUAGUACAACAUUGUAUUUGGUUCCAAGAUAGAGAAUUAUAAGUAAAUAAUUGAAAAGUAAUGAAAAAACAAAUCGAACCAGGCGAUUAUACGGAGCAAAACUCUGCGUUCUGGAAAUGAUUUAGAAUACGUACUUUAUGAUGCAUAGCCUGUUGAUUUCGAUUCACGCUUUUCUGGUCUGAAAUGUUUCAACCUACUGAUCAUAAUACAAUGGGUAUCUUUAGAUAAGUUUUAAUUACGUAGAAUUUACUUACUGCCCAAACAAACCGCAAAAAUGCAUGUCUAUAGUCACGUCGUAAAAAACGUCGUAAAAAUUAUUUGGGGGUUGCCGAGUUCGCUUCAGCCCCUCAGCCACUUCCGCGAUAUAUCCAGAUAAGAGGUGGCGCAUUGGAAAAGUGCAAACUGGUAAGGAAGAAGGGGAGAGGCUCUGGCACAAGACACAACUUUUUAUAUAUUCAGCCUGUAGACAGAAUGAGCUUCCAGUGUAAAACAAUGUCAUUGCUUAGGGGAAUAUUAAAAACAUUCAUCUGAAGUUAAUCUUCGGACAAAUGGGACCAUUACUUGAGUGGUCCAAACACUAGGGGUAAGGGGUUACAUGGGCUCUGUCUUUCUUGCCAAAUUACUCCAUACAUUUGUAACUCUAAAACUUCUUCUUACCAAGAUGCAUUUUUUCUAACGAAGCGCGUUCGUAUAUGGUAUAUAGCUAGAUUAUGCAUCACUGAGAGUAACAAUCCAAAAUUAUUGCGAAUUGCAUGGCUGGAAAUGCUAAAUUUUUUCAAUGCAGGUACGAUCGUUGCUCAGGGAACACUGGAAGAAGUAAAGAAAGAUAUACCAGAACUAGAGGUAUAUAAGAACAAAGAGAGCACUGUAGAGACAGAGGAAGAGAGUGAAGAUGCUGAAAGAGAUAUUGAUCUUGCAGGAGCUGAACAGUUACGUGAAGCUGAAGAAGAUCGUGAAGUAGGAAGCGUUUCUUUUAAUGUUGAUGCAAAGUAUUUCAUGUUUGGUGCCCCAGCGUUGAUGCUUUUACUCAUUUUAUUGAUCAUUCUGGCUGGACAAGGUACGAUAAACUCCACUAUAAUAAUAAUAAUAAUAAUAAUAAUAAUAAUAAUAAUAAUGAAUAAUUUGUUAUUUAUAUUGCGUAAAUAUCCAUAUGUAUAUGAUGAUAUGUAUAGGUUAUUUUGAGGCAACGAGGGGAUAUGUGAUUUAUUCACCGAGGCGCGCAGCGCCGAGGUGAAUAAACACAUAUCCCCGAGGUGCCUCAAAAUAACGUACUUAUUUUUCACACUGCGAGGUCGCGUUAAUGAGUCAGAAAAGAAAUAAUUCUUAAUGCCAUAUUGCCUUCGCGAUGUUGUCUUUUCGCAUUUUUUGUGCUGCAAAGACAUUGCAGGUGAAUAUUAGAGGGAUUAUUAAUUGCAGGUGAAUAUUAGAGGGGUUAUUAAACGGAAAUUGAUUAGAGGGGAAUAUUGAAUAUAUUCCCCGACAAGAACAAAGGAAACCGAGCAGGGUGAAAAAUAGGAAUAUACAGUACAUGAAGAAACGUCGAAUAAUAUUUUCAUUUCAUUGGAGUGUGUGCUGAAUGCAAUUUAAUAGGCCAUUUCCGAAUUGCGGUUGAAUACUCACAGGUAAUGGCCUCAGGACGAGGUUUCGUGCUAAAUUAUAAUGUUUCUACAGUUAGUUAGCACUAAGCUUCGACAUGGUGUUAUUGUUCUUUACAAUUAGAGCGUAUUCGGAAAAGACCUAUUCUUCCGCUAGGUUGAUGUACAGUGAAGAGAAAAUAGUAUGAAUGAAAGGUUUGUUUUGUAUGUCCUAGUAAAUUUGUGCUGGUGCCAAUAUGCAAAACCGCUUGGUCUAAUUAACAAAUAGAUUACAUUUAACCGUUGUCAUUUCAGUUAUAAAUACACAGUAUGUCGUCAUAUGUGGUAAAAACAAAAAGUGUCCACGAGCUGCCUAGGCGAGUUAUUUUUAUUCCCAAACAUUUGGAAGUCGAAAUUUUGCAAAUAUCACGAGUUUAUGAUCUAUACAAAUAACGCACGGCUCGCUUAAGUAACGUGCUGAAUUCUGAUUGGCUAAGCUUAGAAUGCACUAGACGGUAAUAAGUAAGGAAAAAUAAAAUUUUAUCAAAACAGUGAAAAAACGUUGUUUAUAAAAAAGUGCGAAAACAACGUGCGAGACAGCGAGCGAUGAACUAGUGCUCAGUCUUCAGUUUGUUCAAAAAUUGGCUCAGGUUUCUUCAGUAUACCGUCUGAGAUCAGUGUUAAUCUGUCAAAAAUCCCCACCCUCGGGCCACUUAGAAAAAAGUGUCAGUCCAAAUCCCGACCCAUGGGACCACCUGAUUGAUCAAAUCCCUACCCUUUGCCCGACCCUUUGCCCGACCCCCCGCCCCGUCGGGGUUAACAUUGAUAGGAGGUGCAUAAGGUUAGUAUUAACUUGCUCUACAAUUACAACAAUGAAAACAUAAUUGUUGAUAUAUAGAACAUAAAAACAUAUAUAAAACAAGCAGUGAACUCAGCCGACAGAUCAGGGUAAUAAACUAUUCACUAAAUAUGUACAAUAUACUUUAAAUUUAUGUCAUUCCUGAAAGAACUUUAACUUACAUGUAAGUAGUUAUGUUUUAUUUACAUUGCACAACUAUUAUAUCCUUAAUACUCACGUUUACCUGUAAAUAUUCGGCAUAUUCUUCCAUGUUUAUACAAUUUUAUAUAUUCUAGAAUUCCGCCAUAUUGGAAAACAUUUGCGGGAUUUACCAAGCCCGCGAGCGCCUGCUUUGUAGGCUAGCAAACAAUUUGUGCUAGUCCUCUUGCGCGCGUUUCGCCCGGUGACGUCACGGAAAUCAAAAUCGUGCACAGAAGACUUGGGACUAGUCUGACGAGGGGAGAGACGAGAAAGCGCUGGUCUGCGCCGGUCACGUGAUAUGGGUAUACUUGACAGCUACUCGUCAAGGAGUCGCGAAAUAUUCUUAACUAAAAUAUACAAGUCUUCGAAACAAAUAAACAGCCAAAACACUUCUCAGUCGAUAUUAUUUAUGUGUGGCGAAGUUUUGCACGAAUCAGCUGAGAUCUCUGAAGACACCGUCAUUAUUUUGUAAGAUGUACCGAUAUUUCUGGAGAUUUUCAAGCAGAGUGACAGGCAAAGCCAAAGGCUCAAUUGUAUUCAAUUUCAAGCUGCUCUAGGCGUCUCCAAGUGGUGAUUCACACGAAAUUUGCUUUCUUAAACAAUAUGGCUAUUGCCUUUAAUAUUUAGUUCUAAUAUGCUCGUAGACUUAGUUCGAUAUAAAUAAACAACAAAUAUAAGACCUCGCAUAACCUGUUUACGCUGUACAGGAAAUAUACGGAUUCGCUUGUUUCGACACCAACACUUGCUGUUCAGGAGCAAUUCUUGCCUACAAAUUUUAUCCUCUUCACAAUCUUUGUUUUAUUCUAUCGUAUAAUCGCAAUUUUCAAGUAUUCGGAAUAUUCUGAAACUGUAAAACUACAGUUUUAUAAUAGUAGACGUUUCUUGUCUUGUCAGGACAUAUCACUGCUCACGUCGAGACGCCUUUUGAGUUUAGUAACCGGCCGAGGCGAGAGUAAAUCAUGCAGUCAUGAAAACUGAAAACGGUCAUUGCUCACGUACAAUUCACCUUCUUACUUUGAAAGAUCAUUUUGCAAAAUAUACUCGUACACAACAAUCAUGUUGAAUUGUUAUUGUGAAGUUCUGCUAUUUUUCGACAUUAUGGUGUUAGCCAAUCAGAAUGCAAAAUUGACCGGCUCAGACCAGGGCUUUCUCGUCUCUCCUUUCGUCCUCACACGAAAGCCGUGGGAACGAGGUUGCCUUGCACUUUUCACAUCCGAACAAAAACAAAAUAGCUUCCCGUAUCGUUCCGGUUACAAACGAGCAAAUUUUUGUACUAAACGAACCUGCCGAUUCGCCAAACAGAAAAAUACCACAAAAUUUAAUUUUUUUAAAAGUGUGUAGAGGUAUUCUAUAAUGCUAUUUCUAAAGAAUAAAAUUACCAAAACCUUGUAAAUGCUGUUUAAUUUGUUUACAACUAUAAUACGAACCUGUUUAAAAAAUAUUUUCGUUGUUUUUUAGUCAUUUUUGUUUUGUUGUGGUAUAUGUUAACACAAUUAUUCGCCUCAGCGCUUCGUACUUAUGUGAAUAUCCUUGUACUAUUCACAACGAUAUCAGUGAAUAAUUGCUACAUAUGUUUCCUUUUCGUAGGUCUCACGGUAUGGGUUGAUAUCCAAGUUUCGUCAUUACCAAAUAUUGUAAACGAAGAACAAAAGUUUCACCACGCGUUAAUUAUCUAUCCAGUAUCUUUGGUGGUCACAAUAUUGAUAGUGAUUCUGUCAAGGUUAUGCAUAUUUCUUCUACCGAUUCGAGCUAACUACAGAGUCCACAAUGCGAUGGUUGCUUGUUUACUUCAAGCCCCUAGUCAUUUCUAUGCUGUGAAUUCUGCAGGUCGAAUACUGAACAGGUUUUCACAAGACAUCAAUAACUUGGACGAUCUUCUGCCAUUUAACUUCCUCAACAGCAGGUAUGAAAUGCAUAUCAGUCUUCAUCUUCAUCAACGCAAAUUUAGUAUUCCUUAAACUUGACGAUAUAGUUAAGUAAGUAAGUGGGGUGUGCUAAUCAUCCUUACUUGCGGAUUAGAGCUAAGCUAAAUUACGAAGGACGCAGCUCAACCUGAUCGAAUCGAAGGAUUUCUAAGGGCGCCUAUGGUAGCCACAUUAUUAUUCAUCUUUGAUCACGGAGCACAGCUACGGUGGAAGGGUCAGUUUGGGGGAUAGUCCCAACCCACCCUGUCGACAUUCCCUGUGGGAGGAAACCGGAAUACCCGGAGAAAACCCACGACUUUCAGUAGAGCGUUGACUGACUCUUUUUGCAUAAGUGUCAUGCGUGAGUUCGUAGUGAAAAUCGAACCCACGAUUUCAGAGGUGAAAGGCGUUGCUCUGACUGUUGCGGCCAAAGCCCCUAAUUAAUUGAAAAGUUUAUGUGUUGGCACAACUAACAUUAUCCUUUGACAUUUUAAAGUUUGGAUACUAUUACCUAUAAUAAUAAUAAUAAUAAUUUAUUAAUUUAUACCGCGCUAAAACUAUACAAUAUUCUAAAGCGCUUAGUUACAUAAAAUAGGAAGCUAAUUUUAAAAUUUCCCUACGUUAUUACUCAACAUUUAAGUACAAUAAGCAUCUAUUUAAAAAUAUUUAAAAACAAGAAGUAUUAUUAAUGUACGCAUCUCUAUACAGAAAUGUCUUAAGAUUUGUCUUAAAAGAAUCCAACGAAGGUGAAAGCCGAAUCUCACACGGUACUAAGUUCCAUAGAGUAGGUCCUGCUUUCAAAAAGGCACGAUCACCAAAAGACUUUCUACGUGUGUUUGGAACAUGAAGAAGCCCUAGUUCGUCCGAUCUCAACGAGUAGUUAUUACUUUGUUUAUAAGUCAACAUGUCACGAAUAUAUUUGGGAGCCAAUCCAUGUAGAGCUUUAUAAACCAACAGUACGAUCUUAAAUAUAACACGGUAUUUAACCGGUAACCAAUGCAGUCUCAUUAAUGUAGGUGUAAUAUGAUCAAACUUAGGUACGAGACAUACAACACGAGCAGCAGCGUUUAGCACUUUCUGCAAUCGAUUUAAUUGAUAUUUUGGAAUUCCAUACAGCAAAGAAUUGCAAUAAUCCAAAUGGGAUGUAAUAAAUGCAUGAACUAAAAUUUUGGUAGCAUCGUCAGUUAAGUAUUUCCUAAUUUGUUUGAUAUGGUAAAGGCUUCGAAAGGCCUUGCUGCAGAUUUUGCUAAUAUGCAAAUUCAUGGACAUAUGAGUAUCUAACCAAGACCCAAGAUCACGAACAGCGCCUACUGGAGAAAUCGAUACUUCUCCUACCCGCAAUUUGUUAAUCGAUACCUUCGAUAAUUGCUGACGAGAGCCUAUAAUGAUAAAUUCUGUCUUGCUACUUUGAAUAAAAAGACGAUGUGCACACAUCCAGUUUCGAAGCUCAUCAAUACAGUCUUCCAUUGCUUUAACAGCUGCCUCCUGAUGCAAUGAGUUCUGAGGUUUAAAAGAAAGAUACAAUUGUGUGUCAUCUGCAUAAGCAUGAUGACAGGGCAGAUGUUUAGAAAUAAUCUCAGAAAGGCCAGACACGUAAAGUAAAAAUAGAACAGGACCCAGGCAGCUGCCUUGGGGAACUCCAGUAGCAACCAUAAACUCGGAGGACUUACACCGAUCAAUGACAACUUGCUGCUUUCUAUUAGCCAGAUACGAUCUAAACCACUGAAGUGCGCUGUCCACUACUCCAAAAUCAUUCUUGAGGAUAUCAGUAAGAAUAUUAUGGUCUAUAGUGUCAAAGGCAGCACUCAUGUCGAGCAUAACAAGCAACGUAACCUCUUCGUUGUCCAUAUUAAUAAGUAUGUCAUUCUGCACUUUGAGCAGCGCAGUUUCAGUUGAAUGGAACUGACGAUAUGCUGAUUGACUGACAGGCAGUGGUGCAUUUUCGUUACAAUGAUUAACUAAUUGCGACAUGACAACUUUCUCAGCUACCUUUGCAAGAAAAUGAAGAUUAUUAACAGGUCUAAAAUUUUCAAACACUAAAUCCAUACCAAGUUUCUUAAGACGGGGAUCUACAAGUGCCAAUUUCCAAUUUUCAGGAACUAUUCCUUUCUCCAGCGACAUGUUGAUCAUUUUUGUAAUUAUCGGACAUAGAACAUCACAACAAUCCUUAAGCAAAUAAGUUGGUAUUGGAUCAAGUUGACAAGAGGCAUUUGAUGCUUUCGAAAUAACUCCUCGUAUAUCAUCUUGCGACACAGCAGAAAAGGAUUUAAGCAAUACUUCAGGUAAACGAUGUUCAGUAGUUAUUGGGUUAACAUCAAUCUUAUUAAUUUCAUCGUUGAUAAGUUCAAUCUUUCGACCGAAAAAUGUUCCAAAUUCGUUUGCCAGAAUCAACGGAUCCUCAUAAGGUGGUAAACUUUCAGAUGACUUCUGUUUGGACAAUGAAUUGAUAACACGAAACAAUUUCUUAGAAUUGCCUGAGCAUUUGUCAAUUAAAUCAGAAUAAUAGCUAGUCUUUGUUUUACGAAGAAGGGCACUGUAUUUAUCUCUAGUCUUAUAAUAAAGCUCUUUAUCAUGGGAACAACCAGAUUGAAGCAUUUUUCUUUCGCAUUUCCGUCGUUCAGCUUUAAGCUUUUUAAGAUCAUCAGUGAACCAAGAUACAACAGGUCUCAUAACCAUCUUUUUCGUCUUAAUAGGAGCGUGUUUAUCAAGAAGAUUUAACAAAGUCAUAUCAUAACAACGUGUAAACUCAUCAAUAUCCGAAAAGGAAUUGACACAUAAUUCAGACCCGGAAAUAUCGUUUUUGAACAUGGGAAUGUCUAUCCUUUUCAACUGACGGAAUCGAAGUUCCUUAACAACAAAAUUUGGCUUAGGCAUAUUCAAAUUACACUCGAUGAACGAAUGAUCAGAUAAAGCCAAUGUAGAUUCUAAUUCAGUUAUAAUCACAUCAUUAAUUGAUCUAGAUAUUAUAAGAUCUAGAGUAUGUCCAGAAGUAUGAGUUGGACAGGCAACAUGUUGGGUUAAACCAAAUGUUUCCAAAAGCUCACAGAAUCUUUUGGCAUUAGUAUCGUCAGUAGAUUCUACGUGGAAAUUAAAAUCGCCUGAAAUAAGUAACCUCUCAGUUGAUAUUACAAUACUUUCAAGGUAGGUAGAAAAUUCCUCAAAAAACAAACUCACGGGUUGAGGAUAGUUAGUAGAGGAUGGCGGACGAUACACACCAACAAGUUUAAUAACUUGAUUUUGAAUUGUUACAUUCCACUCAGAAAAUUCAAACGAUCUGAACUGAUUAGCGUCCAUCAACUUAGUUCUCAUUAUACUCUUGUACAUAACUCCAACUCCCCCGCCUGAUCUAUCAUUUUCUCUGGGCGAAUUUUGAAAACAGUAACCAUUAGGAGAAAGAGCGGCAAUCGUAACCGAGCCAACAUCUUUCAGCCAGGUUUCAGUAAAAACACAAAUGUCAAUAUUAGAAUUCACAGUGCAGCUGGAGCACAAAGACUAAGAUUACAUAUGUGAUUAUCAUGCAUUACUACUAUAAUAUCAUGAUUGCGGGUAUUCCCUUUGUUCUCGCAGGGCAAUUAAAAACUAAUACACCUCAUUAUAUUCAUUUUUUCUAAUCCUACCCGCUUUUACGUCAUGUCAGGUAGGAUUAGUUCUAGUCCUACCCGAUACGACGUCAAAGCGGGUACGAUUAGAAGAAAUGAAUAUAAAUGAAGAUAUCUGAAAUCGCCAAAACUAAACAAAGACAUGGAAAACAAUUAUACCAUUUAAUUUAUACCAUUAUUUAUUGUUAAUUGGUUUUUAAUGGCCCUGCGACAACAAAGGGAAUGCCCGCAAUCAUAAUAUUAUAAGGUAAUAGCAUAAAAAGAGGCGAAUUAGCUAUUGAAAACGUCCCGCGGUUCCAGGUUAGGAUGCAGUACCUAGAAACAUGCAGGAAAUUUAUUUCUGUUUCACUACGUACAGGGAUUUAGAUUUCGAGUUAUGAUAAAAGUUUACAGUUAGAUACAAGUUAAGCGCACUCAAGAUAAAUAAACAUUAUAGUGUCAGAAAUAUAAUGCGGUUCGAUUUUUGAUCAUUUUAGUUGUUGGUGCAGUGACCAUUUUGUACGCGUUUCGCUCUUCUGGAUACACCUCAGGCAUGGUACGUAGUGCUGUGGAGGUUCAUGCUCAGAUGACGUCUGCUGAACGGAUUUUGGCUUACACUGAGAUCGUACCAGAGAAGGGACGGGAGAUCAAGAAACAGCCUCCUAAAGAUUGGCCAGAAAGUGGAAUCAUACAAUUUAACAAUGUUUCACUUCGACAUUAUAAAGAGGGACCUAUAAUUUUGAAGGACCUGUCAUUUGAAAUUAAUCCAGCUCAGAAGAUUGGUAUUGUUGGAAGGACAGGUGCCGGUAAAUCUUCUUUGGUUGCUGCACUGAUGAGAAUUGGCGAAACUGAAGGAAAUAUUAUUAUAGAUCGUUUAAGUAUUGAAGGUUUAAAUAUCCUAUCUACUCGUCAACGGAUUUCUGUUAUUUCUCAGUCUCCUGUACUAUUUAAUGGUACCAUCAGAGAGAACAUGAAUCCGACAGGUGAACUUGAUGAUUCUAAAAUAUGGAAUGUUUUGGAUCAGGUGCAAAUGGGCAUUCUCGUUGGAAGUUUACCAAAAAAAUUCGAUAACGAAUGCACUGGCGGUGGUUCAAAUUUUAGCGUUGGUCAACGACAGUUAUUUCAUCUUGCAAGAGUUUUGUUGAAACGAAACAAAAUUAUAAUCUUUGAUGAAGCUACUGGGAAGGUAGACCAGAAAACUGCUGAACAAAUCCAGAAUGUUAUUCACGGCGUGUUUAAAGAUUGUACAGUAAUAACAAUCUCACAUCGUAUGGCUACGAUUCAGGAGUGCGACAGAAUUAUGGUGUUGGAUCAAGGUUCAAUUGUUGAGUUUGACAAACCAGAUGUUCUACUCAACAAGGAAAACGGCUUGUUCCUGGAACUCACGAAAAUUGCCAAUGAAACAUAA